CAGCGCGUUCACGCCAACCACUUUGCUGCGUAAUUUGCGCGCCGCUCGCAGUUGAGACACAGGGUCUAGCUACCUUUCUCAGGCUCAGCGAGGAUACAUGUUCCGAUUUCAGUCUCUGGAUGAAGAUUGCACCCUGGAGGAGGAAGAGGAAGGGCAGGUAGAGGAGGAGGAUGACAUCGACCAGUUCAAUGAUGACACAUUUGGAGCCGGUGCUGUUGAUGAUGACUGGCAGGAGGAACAUGCUCGCCUGGCGGAGCUAGAUGAGCAGGUGCGAGAUGUGUUUGCCGGGGGCGAUGCAUCCAACGCCUCACUACCACCUCCUCCGGGCAGUGUCCCAUACCCCUCGUCUUUGCCCCGGCCCUCCGCCUCCACACUGCCUCCUCCAGGCUUGGAAGAGCGGGGUGGUGGGGAUCUGGCUGAAUCUCUGACCCGUCUACUCCUUGGGUCAGAUCCUGCCAUUGCUGGAGUGGGCGCUGCAGAACCGGAUCGCUCCCGCUUCCCGCCCAUGUCUCAUGCCCAGGUACCCCUCUCUGGGCUCCCAGCUCCACACCCCUCAUUGCUAAGCUACCAACAGCACCAACACCUCCUGCAUAGGGGGGGAACCCCCUUGCCACAGGUGAACUCUCACAGUAUAUGGGAGAACAGCAUGGGAUUUGGACCUGUGAGUGUUUCUCCCGGACUGGUCACGCACAUGGAGGACAGUCCACUGAUGUCCAUUAUUAAGGAGGUGGGGCUGCCCAAGAGACCUCCGCCCAUCAGAGGUGAGGAUGGCCUAGACUUGUCAGAAAGGGUGCCGCCACCCCGCUCAUCCUCACCAGUCAUCGGAAGCCCGCCUGUGAGGGCUGUGCCUAUUGGAACCCCUCCCAAACAGCCAAUGAGUCACGCCCUCAACCAGCAGAUCCAUUGCCCUACUGCGGUUCACGUACGAGCCCCAAUCCAGCACCGUUUCCCCCCUCCCUUCCCUGAGCGCCUCUCUCCUAACACCCUCCUCAACAUCGCUAUGGCCUCCACGUCUUUUCAGAACUCUCCCCUGUGUCGGCCUCCGUUUCCUGCUGGGGUGGGACCGGUUCUCUCUCAGAUCCAGCGGGCCCAAAUGCUCAACGCCCAGGUGGGCCCGUUUCCUCGAGGUGGACCCGCUCCUCCCAUGUUGCCAGGUGGUUUUAGACCGUUUUUCAGCCAGCCGCCUCCCCGAGUGGGACCUCAUAUCCCUCCUCCUAACCACAACCCCAUUCGGCACAACACUACACACCUCCACCCGCAGCACCGGCGGAUGCUUACGCAGAGGAUGCAGAGCAGGGGUGACCGUGGUGGUCGAGUAGGGGAUCGGCGUAGCAGGGACCCCUACAGUAACCUGAUGACCCAGAAGGAGAAGGAGUGGGUGGCGCGCAUUCAGAUGAUGCAGCUCCAGAGCACUGAUCCUUACCUGGAUGACUACUACUAUCAGAACUAUUAUGAGAAGAUGGAGAAGCGUCUGGAGAGGGACAAAGACUGUAUCAGGAAGGAGCCCACCACCAAACUAAUCACCCCUCAGGUGGCCAAACUGGAGCAGACAUACCGCCCAGUUCAGUUUGCUGGCUCCCUAGGAAAGCUCACCGUCUCUAGUGUGAACAAUCCCAGGAAGAUGAUUGAUGCAGUGGUGACCACUCGCACUGAUGAUGAGGAGAAGAGAGAAAAGCAGGUGUGGAACAAGAGGCGGCAGAUUCUCUACACUGUGGAAAAGAUGUACAGCCUGCUCCUGGAAGUCCAGGACUUUGAAAAGAAAUUCCUGCAGACUCCGGAGGAGCAGAGAGAGGCCCUGCUGGAGCAGCACAAGACCCACACGCUGCAGCUCUACAACUCGCUCAAAGAGAAGGAGUGGGAAGACAGAGUUAGUGAUGAACAGUGCCUCAUGAUCAUGUCCGUGAGGAAGGGCAAACGCCUCAUGUCUAGGCUCCUCCCCUUCCUGCCUCCUCCUCAAGCUGCUGCUGUUGUCAUGGGCAUCGCCCGAAAUCUGCCAGCCCUGGCAAAGAAAGACAAACAUGACCAGCAGGUCCUGUGCUGGUUAGUUGAGCCAGUCGCCGUCGUAAUCCAGUCCAUGUCCAGUUCCGCCCUCACAGACCUCCUGCAGGAGUUGCAAGGCAGCGAGGGUCAGCUUCCCAGAGUACUGCAAAAUAAGUUUGGCGUGACACUUCUCUACCUAAUUCUGAGUGAGGGAGAGAGAAUGCAGAGCUCAGAUCCCAACUGUCAGCUAAUGGAUGAUAAUCGAUGGACAGAGUUGGUGUUUUCGGUGACUAGAGAGCUGUUGAAAGUCCCCUCGUCAUCGCUCUCUCCUCCUCUCUUUACACCUCCCAACCUUCUCUCUCUAUUCUCUCGCUACGUAGACCGCCAGAGGCUGGAGCUGUUACAGGAGAAAUUACAGAUCACUGCAUUAUCCAGGUAGAAUUGACUUCGGGCGUCAAGAGUCCUUUAUUCAGAGGCUGACUGUUAGUGUCCAAGUGUUCAUGUGUGAAUGAGUGAGUUGCGUGGCAAAGGGAGGGAUUAGGGUUGAUUUUAAUCCAGCAGAAAACUAUUGUCACUUUCUUUUUUUCUUUGUGUUAAAAUAGGUGUGUGUCAGGAUGUAUGCGUGAGUGAGAGAUACAUGAAGGUUGAGUGAUGAAGUGAAAUCAGCAUUUUUAAAUCUUGUUAACAUUGAUGCCUGUGACAAAAACAUAAAAUUAAAAAAGUAUUUCUAUUGUUUAAAA